AUGGCUGUGUCCACUUCCCGCUCCGCUGUCCUGCGACGCCCAAGCUACCUGCUGCUGCCGCUGCUGUUAUCACCCCCGGGGACCGCUCGGCCCGGCCUGCGCCCGCAGUCCUCGGGACCACCUGCCAUGCAGCCGUCGCCGCCCGCCGCCCCACACUGGCUCUCGGGUCUGCGUUUCGACAACCGCGCUCUGCGCGCCCUGCCGGUGGAGGAGCCGCCGCCUGGCGGGGACUCGGCCCCGAGGCCCGUCCCGGGCGCCUGCUUCAGCCGCGUGCGGCCCUCUCCGCUGCGCCAGCCGCGUCUUGUGGCGUUCUCGGCCCCAGCGCUGGCCCUGCUUGGCCUCGACCCGCCGCCGCCGCUGGGAGCCGGGCCAGACCAGGAGGAACCGGAGGAAGCCGGGGAGACUCCUUCCCGUCGCGUAUCUAGUGCGGAGGCCGAGCUAGAGCUCUACUUCAGUGGCAAUGCGCUGCUUCCUGGAUCCGAGCCCGCCGCACACUGCUACUGCGGCCACCAGUUCGGCAGCUUCGCAGGGCAGCUGGGCGACGGCGCCGCAGUGUACCUGGGAGAGGUGCUGGGCGCCGCCGGGCAGCGCUGGGAGCUGCAGCUCAAGGGAGCCGGUCUCACUCCCUUCUCCCGGCAAGCCGAUGGCCGUAAAGUUCUGCGCUCCAGCAUACGGGAAUUCCUGUGCAGCGAGGCCAUGUUCCACCUGGGCAUCCCCACCACCCGGGCAGGCUCGUGCGUGACCUCGGAGUCCAAAGUGAUCCGGGACAUUUACUAUGACGGCAAUCCCAAAUACGAAAGCUGUGCCGUGGUGCUGCGGAUCGCCUCGACGUUCCUAAGGUUCGGCUCAUUUGAGAUUUUCAAGCCUCCUGAUGAGCACACCGGGCGGAAGGGCCCCAGCGUGGGUCGGAAUGACAUCCGGGUCCAAAUGCUCGACUACGUGAUCGGCAGUUUCUACCCAGAGAUCCAGGCCGCCCACGCACGAGACAGCAUGCAGAGGAACCUAGCCUUCUUCCGGGAGAUCACCCGGCGCACGGCGAGGCUGGUGGCCGACUGGCAGUGCGUGGGCUUCUGCCACGGCGUGCUGAACACGGACAACAUGAGCAUCGUGGGGCUCACCAUCGACUACGGGCCCUUCGGCUUCAUGGACAGGUACGACCCCGAUCACGUGUGCAACAGCUCGGACACGACGGGCCGCUACGCGUACAGCAAGCAGCCCGAGGUGUGCAAGUGGAACCUGCGCAAGCUGGCCGAGGCGCUGGUGCCCGAGCUGCCCCUGGAGCUCAGCGAGCCGGUCCUGGAGGAGUACGACGCCGAGUUCGACAAGCGCUAUUUGCACAAGAUGAGGCAGAAGCUGGGCCUGGUCCAGCUGCAGCUCGAGGAGGACCGGGAGCUGGCGGCGGCCCUCCUGGAGACCAUGCGCCUCACGGGGGCCGAUUUCACCAACACCUUCUGCCUCCUGAGCUCGUUCUCGGUGGCCCUGGAGCCUGCCCGCGAGGCCCACUUCAUGGACCGGCUGGCCCAGCAGUGCGCCUCCUUGGAGGAGCUGAAGCUGGCCUUCAGGCCGCAGAUGGAUCCCAGGCAGCUCUCCAUGAUGCUCAUGCUGGCUCAGUCCAACCCGCAGCUGUUCGCUCUCAUCGGCACCAAAGCGAGCGUCACCAGGGAGCUGGAGCGCAUCGAGCAGGCGUCCAAGCUGCAGGAGCUGUCCCCGGCCGAGCUCAUCCGGCGCAACCGCGAGCACUGGGACGCCUGGCUCCAGACGUACAGAGCGCGGCUGGAAAGGGACAGGCAGAGCGCGGGCAGUGCCAGCGGCUGGGACACGGAGCGGGUCCGAGUCAUGCGUGCGAACAACCCCCGCAUCGUCCUGAGGAACUACAUCGCGCAGAACGCCAUCGAGGCUGCGGAGCAGGGAGACUUCUCCGAGGUGCAGCGGGUGCUGAGGCUGCUGGAGAAGCCGUACGGGGAGCCGUGGGAGGACGACGCAGAUGGGCUCCUGGCGGCCGCGGCCGCAGCAGACAGCGGGGAGGCCGAGAGCCGCCGGUCCUACGGCCGGAAGCCGCCCCUGUGGGCCGCCGAGCUGUGUGUGACGUGAUCUUCGUAGCUGCCUUGGGGUGCUUCUCCCUCCAGCCAGGGAGAGUCUCCGAGGCUCCCGCAGGCGCUGCCGAGUCCCCGAAACAGUCCGUCUGGGGCCUCCCCGAUGGCUGCUUCUCCAUGAAGGCAGAGAUGUCCAGUCGGCUCCGACCCGUCUCUGUCCGACGCUGACUCGGCAGCCCGAGCUCCCAGACUGUGCCCCCUCCCCCACCCCCGCGCCCCCUCCCUCUGCCCCUCCCAGAAGCUGUUCACAGACCGAAGGCUGCAGGGCAGCUGGUCAGCGGCGGAGGGAGGGCCCCAGGCAGGGCGGACUCCCCCACAGGCCCGCUGACCUCUUCGGGCCAGGAAAGCUCCCCCCCCCCCAAGCCCCCAAUAAAAGGUCUCUUGGACGGA